UCUAGUCCUGAUUCUAAUCAAAUCAUCCCCCAAGUCAGUAUUAUCGCCGUCGGUGCGCCAACUAGCCCCCAUGUGUUUAUAUCAGAACAUCCAUGCGGCUUACCACUACGAACUCCUCAAUGUGAAUGCCGCGGAGCGAGAUAACCAUACUUGCAGGCAUGAGAUCUUGUCAUCCGAUGAUGGUGAGAAAUGCUUGCUGCACUCGUGCUGCCGCGUCCUCGGCCAUGAGGUUGUCUUCAGAUGUUCUCGUACUGAUAAAGAUGGUGGGAAUUUGUGUGAUAAUGCGAUGAAGGAGGAUGUAUUUGUGCCUCUCGUAUCUAAGUUCAAAAGUGGAGAUAAUGGAAAAGGGGCUGCGGCUUUGGAGGUUGUGGAAGAAAUGGCCUUGGAGAAUUCGCCCAUGGAACUUCCGGCAAUGACGAUGGAGUUCUGGCCUGAGGACCAACCGGGCAAAAUAGUGCUGGUGUACUUGGAAGAGGAAGUUCUGACGUGUGAGGACAAGAAAAAGGAAGCAAAGUCUAACGGUAGGUGGCAUAGAAUGUUGUUCCGUUUACGGUGGAAGCAGUGA